AUGGCUUCCAGCAAUGGAAAGCUUGUGUGCGUCACUGGAGGAACGGGUUACAUUGCCUCCUGGAUCGUCCGCGAGCUCCUCCAAAGGGGCUACACAGUCCACACCACUGCGCGCAAUCCAGACGAUCCCGCCAAGGUCGGCUUCCUGUGGGACUUGCCGGGAGCGAAGGAGCGCCUCCGGAUCUUCAAGGCCGAUUUGCUCGAGCCGGGCAGCUUCGACGCCGCGCUGAGUGGCGUGCACGGCGUCAUUCACGUCGCUGGCGUCGUGCUGAUCGAUCCCAAAGACGAUCCACAGCUCAAACUCGUCGAGACCUCCACCAAUGGCGUGCUCAACGUCCUCGGCUCGUGUACAAAGUUCUCCUCCAUCGCCAAGGUCGUCCUCACUUCAUCCUGCUCGGCGAUUCGCUACGACCACCACCACCAAACUGGAAAGAACGAUCCACCGCUUGACGAGAGCUCCUGGACGAAUCCGGGCUACUGCAGCCAACACAAGCUAUGGUAUCCACUGGCCAAGACACUAGCCGAGAGGACUGCCUGGGAUUUUAGCAAGCUCCAUGGGAUCAAUCUCGUCGUGGUGAAUCCAUCCUUCAUCGUUGGACCGCUUCUACAGCCGGUUCCAACCAGCACCAUCCUCAUCGUCCUCGGCAUGCUCAAAGGUCGAGAGAAAAAAAAAACCAAUUUUUUGCUCAAGAUCAUCCUCUUCGUCCCAGGCCAUAUCAAGCUCUAUCCAAACAUGAUCGUCGGCUUCGUUCACAUCCAGGACGUGGUAGCAGCACACCUCCUCGCCUACGAAUCCCCCGGCGCGGCUGGCCGAUACAUUUGCUCCGAGAGAGUGGCUCACUGGAGAGAAGUUCUCGAGAUGCUACGAGCGAAGUAUCCCCAGUAUCCUCUUCCAAGCGAGCCAUCCCAGGACCAAGGCCAAGACAUUCCUCACGAGAUGAGCGCUGAAAAGCUCAAGCAACUCGGCCUCGAGACUUAUCAGCCGCUGGAGAAGAUGUUUGACGACUGCAUCGAAAGCCUCAAACUCAAAGGUUUUCUGGAAUGAAAAGAACAAGCGCUUCUUCUAUAGAUGGAAUAA